UAUUUGAUUGAAAGAAGAUAAUGAAAGAUUAAAAAAAGUUAAUUUACUCUUUUACUCAGAUUUAAAGGAAUCAGCUGUGAUGGUAACAAAUUGAUAAAUUACAGUUGCAUGAGCGGAUAAGAGUCAACUAAGUUUGUACAAGCCUGACUGGUAUGGACGUUUCUGAAGGACUACCAACCAUAGUUAUCGAUUUUGGAUCAUCAGUUGCUAAAGCUGGUUUCGCAGGCGAUGAUUUUCCUAUCUUCAGUAUGCCAUCUACCAUAGGAAUUCCUAAGUAUCCGCGUUGUAUGCCAUCCUUAGUCCAUGACCGAGAAUUUUACGUUGGAGACGAAGCGCAAAAACAUCGAGGUAUUCUGUCCCUUCACUAUCCAGUCGAAAGAGGAAUAGUCAAGGAUUGGGACUCAUACGAAAAGGUUAUGGAUUAUAUACUGAUCGAAGGUCUCGGAAUUGAUUGCUCUCAUCAUCCCAUUCUGUAUGCAGAACCAGCUUUAAAUCCUCUUUCGAAUGGAGAGAUGAUUGCCGAGCUUAUGUUCGAGAAAUUUAAUGCCUUGUCAUUUUAUUUAACUCUUAAGCCCGCCCUCGCUCUGUAUGCAUCAGGAAGUGUCACUGGAAGCAUUCUGUAUUCAGGGGGAGGAAUUACAACAACCAUGGCAGUAUUUGAAGGAUGUAAGAUAAAACAAGCUACAAAUAGAGUUAAUUUUGGAGGCAGAGAUGUUACAAAUUAUUUGAUCAAGUUGCUGAGCGAAAAAAAUUACAUUUUCAUUACCCCAGCUGAACGAGAAAUUGGGAGAGAAAUAAAGGAAACUCUGUGUUUCGUUUCUAAAGAUUACGAACUUGACUUAAAUAUGGCAGCCAAGCACCCAGCAACAAGGACAAAAGAUUACAUUCUUCCAGAUGGUCAGACAUUGAAAUUGACAAAGGAAAUGUUCCAGAGUCCAGAAAUCCUAUUUACACCUUCAGCAGCUGGCAGGGAAGAAAAUGGAGUUCAGGAUCUCAUCUUAAGCACAGUGGCGAAAUGUGACAUCGACCUGAGGAAGAAUUUAUAUUCCAAUCUAAUAAUCACUGGAGGAAAUACUAUGUUUCCAGGGUUCUCGGAUCGACUGAGAAAAGAACUUCGGAGCAAGGUCAAUCAAAAAACUCCAGUUUGCCUCAUUGCACCCGAAGAAAGAAGAUUCAUGGUAUGGCUUGGUGGUUCUAUCUUGGCCUCUCUUUCAGCAUGCAAAAAAUUAUUUAUAGCUAAAUCCGAAUAUGAUGCUGAAGGAUCUAAAAUAAUCCACAAAAAAUGUCUACUUUAAUUUAAUUUAAAUAAAUAGUCA